UUAAACCAUGGAGAAAACAUGAGAUCGUAAAAGAGAGUAGUGCUUCUCUGAAAUUAUAUAAAUAAUGGAACACUUUUACAUGAAAAUGAUGAACAUUUUGGACAACAUAUACUAGGGAUAGGUUCACCAGAAAUAUGGAAAGGCAAAUCAUUCUUAAAAUAGCUGUUGGUUUAGUGCUAUUUCUCAUUGCACUGCUCAGCAAAUCAGUUGAAGGCAUAGGCUGCUUUGUAUGCACCUCAAUCAAUGGCAGUAACCCUGCAUGUGAGGACACAUUCAAUAAUUCAAUGACCUUAGAUGUCUACAAGCCAAACUGCAAAGCAGGAAGAAAAGCCAGAACUGGGCUCUUCCCAGCAACAGACUGUAUAAAGCUUAAAGCUGUAAUCGAUGACUCCAAAGUUGAGCAUUUAAUCCGAGCUUGUGUCACUGACGAUGGCGGUAUUAACUCUGAGACUGAAAUUGGGAGAAUUUCUCAUUGUGGAUUUAUACGUCAAAUAAAACUAGAUGGCAAGGAAGCAACAGGGUGUAUUCUAACGUGUAACACAGAUGGAUGUAACGGUGCAGUGCACUUAUCAUUACCCACAUUUGGACUACUACUAACCAUGUUUGUACUGCUAAGACAGUUAAAGAUAAUACAUUUGUAGCCCAUAAUUAGAGCUAAUUGGACAUCUUGCGUCUUAUCUAGGUGUAUAGAACAGAACUGAAACAGUAUACAGGAAAAAUCAGGCUUUUCCCCAGAAAGCUACUACAUCCCUGACCCUUUAACAUAUUUUUGAUAUUUACAAAUGCUUUCAAAUGACACACACACAGGUUGAUCAUACAGAUGUUCAUGUUCAGAAAUGGGCAGAAUAUCUCACUGUGGAUUUAUUUGCCAAUUACAACUGGAUGAUGUCAAAACGAAAAAAGGAUGCAUUGUCACAGGUGACACAAAUGGAAGUAAUGGAUCAAUUCAGACAAAAAAAUCAUUAUUUGGAAUAUUGUUAACGUGGUAAUUGGCUCUAAGAGGUUCACUGCAAUGUCCAGAAGAAGCUCCAAUAUAUAAAUCACUUAAAAAACUUAGAAAAGUGUGUUCCACUAAAAGAGGAGUUUCACUUGCAGAGGUUUUCCAAUUUACAAAUUUAAAUGUAUUCAUUGAAACAGCUCUCUAAAAUGAAACAUUGACAACAAAUGAAUUCCUCAAAUAAAUUUGUUGUUACCAACAAUUUUAAAUGAUGAGAUCUCACUCCCAUCCCAAAUUAAACAAUAGCCCCUUGUAAUGAUGUAGCCUAUUUGUUCCCUUUUAUGUACAUGUGAUAAUGAGAUAGUGUAAACCAAACAUGUACAAUGUACAUUAUACAGUGUA